AUUUGCAUAAAGAACUUCAUACAUGAGUCUGGGAAAGUUAAUUUCAUGUUCAGCCAUUAAAUCAUCCCUUAACUAUAAACCCACUUCAAGAACAACAAUAACUCUCUCAGAUUUGGACACUCUUUUCUUACAAUGCCGAAAUCUCAAUUUCUUCAAUCAGGUCUUAUGCCAAACGAUCUGCACUGGGCUAAUCAACGACGCCUAUGCUGCUAGCAGAAUCCUCAAGUUCUCCACAGACUCAACCUUCGUUCACAUCGAUUACUCCCACAAGAUCUUCACCAACGUUCAGAAUUCAAAUGGGUUCAUUUGGAACACCAUGUUCAGAGCCUUCGUGCAGCGAAACAGGCCCCGGGAUUCGAUGUUUCUGUACAAAUCAAUGAUAAAGGACGGCCUUUUAUGCAUUGAUAAUUACACCUACCCAAUCUUGAUUCAAGGCUGCUCCGUCGGUUUCGCCGAGUUUGAGGGGAGGGAGCUCCACGGUCACGUGGUGAAAAUGGGUUUCGAGGGAGAUGUUUAUGUGGUGAACAACUUGGUAAAUAUGUAUAGUGUGUGUGGGCGCGUUGGUGAUGCUCGAAAGGUGUUUGAUGAAAGUCCUCUUAGAGAUUUGGUUUCUUGGAAUUCAAUGUUGGCUGGAUAUGUUUUAGGCGGGUGUGUGGAAGAGGCAAAGCUGUUGUUUGGUAUGAUGCCUAGAAGAAAUGUCAUUGCAUCAAAUUCUAUGAUUGUUUUGUUGGGUAAGUGUGGCAGGGUGAGUGAGGCACGUCAAUUGUUUAACGAUAUGGAGGAGAAGGAUUUAGUAUCUUGGACUGCUUUAAUUUCGGGUUACGAGCAGAACAUGAUGUACGAAGAAGCGUUUGAUCUGUUUUUGACUAUGUAUAAUGAUGGGAUUAGUGUGGAUGAGGUGGUCAUAGUGGCCGUUCUUUCUGCUUGUUCGCAUUUAUCGAGUAUCCGAACUGGUGAAUUAGUUCAUAGUUUGGCUGUAAAAGUCGGUUUCGAAACUUACGUAAAUCUGCAAAAUGCUUUGAUUCACAUGUACUCCAUAUGCGGGGACGUGUUUUCUGCGAAGAAGCUCUUUAAUACCGGUCGUUACUUGGACUUAAUAUCUUGGAAUUCGAUGAUUUCUGGAUACAUCAAAUGUGGAAUGCUCGAGAAUGCAAGGGCACUAUUCGAUAAAAUGCCUGAGAAAGAUGUUGUCUCGUGGAGCUCAAUGAUAUCAGGUUACGCCCAAUUCGAUAAAUUUUCCGAGACUUUAGCGUUAUUUCACGAGAUGCAGUGUGCAGGCGUUAAGCCAGACGAAACCACUUUGGUGAGCGUGGUUUCAGCUUGUACUCAACUUGCAGCCCUAGAGCAAGGCAAGUGGUUAGACGCUUACAUACGUAAAAACGGGCUGAAGGUGAAUACAAUCCUCGGUACAACUCUUAUUAACAUGUACAUGAAAUGUGGGAGUGUCGAAAAUGCGGUAGAGGUUUUCGAAGGAAUGGAGGAAAAGGGAGUUUCUUCAUGGAAUGCUCUAAUUCUUGGAUUUGCCAUUAAUGGGCAAGUCGGAAAGUCUCUCGAGACUUUUGAGGAGAUGAAGAAAUGCAGAGUUGUGCCAAACGAAAUAACGUUUGUAGCGGUUCUUGGUGCUUGUAGGCAUAUGGGCUUAGUCGAAGAAGGGCGGCGAUAUUUCGAUUCGAUGGUGAAUGAAUAUAACAUAGAACCGAAUAUUAAGCACUACGGGUGUUUAGUGGAUCUUCUUGGAAGAUCGGGGCUGGUUAAGGCAGCAGAGGAAGUGAUCAACACUAUGCCAAUGGCACCAGAUGUUGCCACAUGGGGCGCUCUGAUUGGAGCGUGCAAGAAACACGGUGAUAAAGAAACGGGAGAGAGAAUAGGGAGGAAGCUCAUUCAACUCGAGCCGGAGCAUGAUGGGUUUCACGUUCUUUUGUCGAACAUAUACGCUUCGAAAGGUAAUUGGGAAAACGUGAUGGAGAUAAGAGGGAUGAUGAGUCAGCACGGUGUGGUGAAAACUCCGGGUUGCAGUGUGAUCGAAGCGGAUGGUGUUGUGCAUGAGUUUCUUGCCGGAGAUAAAUCGCACCCACGGAUGGAGGAGAUUGACGGGAUGCUGGCGGAGAUGGGGCGGAGAUUGAAGAGAUUGGGGUAUACGCCUGGUGUGGGUGAGGUUUUGCUUGAUAUAGAUGAAGAGGAGAAAGAAACGAAUCUGUCUAGGCAUAGUGAGAAGCUUGCAAUUGCGUUUGGCCUUUUUGCGACUAGUGGGCCCGCACCGAUAAGAAUAAUCAAGAAUUUGAGAAUAUGCGGGGAUUGCCAUGCGGCGGCGAAACUUGUAUCCGAAGCUUUUGAUCGUGAGAUUGUGAUUAGGGAUCGGCAUCGGUUUCACCAUUUCAAGCAUGGUUCUUGUUCUUGCAUGGAUUAUUGGUAGCCAAAAUAUGAUGCACCAAUAAAACAUAAAACAAUUGGGUUUUCAUUAGAUUAUUUAAUCUCAUCUUGGCUAAUUAUAUCUUGGCAACCAAACGAGGCCUUAUUAAAAUACGAAGGCAAAAUAUAACAUGCAUUACCAUUUCUUAUCAACUUGGAAGUAUUACAUUGUCUCAAAUUCAGAAGUCGGUGACGGCAAAUUCGAAUGUGGAUGCAAUUUUUUUUCCGGGACAAGUGUAUCAAUGAGGAUGGAAAAGCACGUAUUUGUAAACAAUCUCUCGUAUUAACAAUUUUGUAUAUGUUGUAGGAAUGUAGGUUAUAACACUUCACUUGUAAUUCUUUUUCGGUUUCUUAUGAAGUUAUCGAUUACUUUUGGAUAUGCAA